UGUUAUGCACAUUCAUGCAAAAAUUUAAUUUUAGAAAGUAAGAUUUAUAUUUUAUUAAAAGAAAUUACAUUUUCCUAUAUUUAACGUAUCAUAAUGAAAUAUUCGAUUUUCAUGAUCAUAAAUUUACAAGUCACAUAAGUGUUGAAUUACACGUUUAUUGAUCGCUGUCAGUGACAAUAAUGUAAGAAACUUGUGAAUGCUUCGUUGCCAAAUGUUACUGAACUACCCCACAAACACUAUGUAUUUUCCUAUAUUAGAGUACGCUGUUGUGAUUUGUCAAAGAAGCGAUAACCUAACAGCUAUAUUGAAUAUUAGAAAAAAUUUCGCAUAAAAUUUCUCACAUGAAAUUGUAAGAACUGUUGGUAUUCGAUAAUUUAUUUAAAGUUUUUCGUUUUUAUUAUAAAAUAAAGUUUACGCAAAUUUCGCGUAAUGUUAUAAUUCAAAUUUUUGUAGAAUCGUUACACGACAAAAAAUUAAUCGUGCUUAUUAGAAUUUUAUAUUUUUAUAUGGUGAAAAUGGCCCAUGCUCCAUUACCGAAACCUAUUUGUAAACCGAUAAAUACGUCUAAGAUGUGUCCAUCUGAUUUCACUACUACUUUAUCUGAUGUGUUACAAUCGGACCCAGUAAAAAGGUUGUUUAAUCAACCAAAUAUUAUUAUUAAAACAAUACCUUUAAAAAUAAAUACGAAUUCUGGGUCAAACAAUAAUGGUUUCAUGAAUAAAAUACAUAAUACAGAUACAAAUAUAAAUAAACCAAAGCAAUCAGAAUUAUCUGUAAUUCCUCUACAGACGAAUCAAGAAGAAAAUAUAGAAGAUAAAAAUUUAUUGCCUGCUAAGAAACAAGGUAAAUCAGAAAUCACAUUAGUUCCUGUUAAAAGGGAAAAGAAACCUUGUGGUCAUUAUGAACCUUGUGAAAAUAUUAUAUGUGAUGUGGCAGUACAACAAUAUGUAGAUCGUGAAGGAUCUUCACCCAUGUUAGCUAUUAAUAUAGAGGAAAGUGAAAUAAAUGCACCUGUUUCAAAACAUUGUGCAAGUAAAAUGUGUGAUGCACUAAGCAUCGAUCAUGACCGUUGUCGCAGAGCUGUGAUAAGAUUGAAUAGGUGUAAUCAGUCAACAGCUUGUGAUAUUUGUGGUAUUACGCUAAAAACACAAAGAUCUCGUAUAUAUCAUAAAAAUUGUACAAGAAGAAAUGAAUAUAGACAUAAUGAAACAAGUAGUGCUAAAAUAUUAAAAGAAAGAAUGAGACAACGAGAAAUUCAAUUAAUAGAAGCUUCUAAAAUGAAAAAAAAUGAUUAUACAGAUCCAGUUAUGGGAUAUAGUCUUGCAAUGGAAACAUUGAGAAACAACAAAGAAUUGAUUAUUAUUCCAAAAUCAGUUCCCAUAAAACAGCAACAACAACAACAACCACAACCACCAUCAACACCAACAAUUACUAUAAAUACUACAACACAAAUCAAUAAUGUAAAUAACGUUUUUGGAAAAUUUUUACCUAGUAUGCCAAUUGUAUUACCACAACAAAGUAUAGUUCUUGGCAAAGCAGAAUCUUCUAAUGAAAAUAAUAUAACUACUCCCAUACAAAUAGCUUUACCAGAUACUUUAACUACAUCGCUUAUAACAACAACUAGUACAGUUCCUUUAUCUCAAAAUCAUUAUGUUACUUUUACAACACAAACUAAUCCACAUUCAAUACCAAUAAGUGAUAUAAUCUUGCCACAGUCGCAAAUUGUGACAACACCCAUUCAACCUAAACCACUCUUAACACCUAUACGUGUUGUGCCUAUAACUAAUUUAAUAACACAACCAUCUUUAUUACACCAAACACAGGGUAUACCAAAGUUUUGUAUUAUGCCAGACAAUACAAUACCAUCAUUAACUAUAACAAAUCCACAAUCUAUUCAAUGUCCAGCACCUGUGCCAAAGGUUGAGUCUCCAAAUGAUGUGAAAACAACUUCUCAGAAAAAAAAAAAAACAAUGAUGAAAAAAAAACGAAAACUUAGAAAGAAAGAUUUUAAAUGUGAUUAUUGUCUUAAAAAUUUCAGUACAGAUUGGUAUUUUAAAAUGCAUGUUGCUAUGCAUACAGGUGAAAAACGGUUUAUCUGUAAAAUAUGUACACAAUCAUUUAAUAAUCGAUAUGACAUGAAAAGACAUAUGUCAAAUGAUCAUAACAGUGAAACUAUUGCUUCUGAUACAUGUGCUCAGGAAGUUACUGAAGAUUCACAGCCAAAAAUGAAUCUAGAUUCACAUCAAGAAGUAAAAAAAGAGGAUAAAACAAAUGGAUAUAUUAGCAUGCCUACUCAAGAUAUUAUGAAAAAUAUGAAAACAGAAUUGUGUCAUGAAGUAUAAAUCAUUCCAAUUUAAAUAAUUCAUUAAAAUUCAUUAAAACAAAUAAUAUUUAAAAUUGAAAAAAUAUGUCUGUUAUAAAUCUUGAAGUUCACUUGUAAAAAUAUAUGUAAAAUGUGCUUAAACAUUAUAUUUAAUCAAAUAUUGAUUUUUUGGUAGAAAAUUUUAUAUUUA